UAAAGAAACUCCUCGCAAGUAAAGAUGACCGAAAAUAGAUCAUUCCAAGCGCUUCUGCAGCGCCCCAUUGAACCGACCUUUAUGCCAAAGGACAAUGGCAAAACGUCGUUGAUCAUCCCGGAAGAGUACUUGAGCGACCGGUAUCGCCCACUGGCUGGCGAACUACAAACCCGAUUUACCGGUGGGGCAGACGUUGAAAUUCCCGUGCGGAAUGUGGAAAUUCCGGAUAUUACCUUUGCGGAGGUAAUAGGCAGGCGUGCGGCAUUUUCGCUAUUUGUAGAGAAACAUCGGGACAUAGCUGGUCGUUUGAUUGAUUUGUUUGCUAAACUACCCGAUGCAAGCACAUUGAUGGGGGUUGCCACCUACGCUAGGGAUCGCUUGAAUCCAUACAUGUUCCAGUAUGCUCUGACGGUUGCACUUCAACAUCGACCGGACACCAAGGACGUUCUGAUUCCAUCUAUUUUGGAACUGUUUCCCGAUCAGUUCGUGGAUCCGUCGGUGUUCCCGAAGCUGCGUGAGGAAGGAAACGUUGUUCAAGAUCAAGUUAAACGGGAUACGGUCAACAUCGAACCGAAUUACACCGCUUCGGAUCGAGAACCAGAGCAGCGGAUGGCAUACUUCCGUGAGGAUAUCGGAGUAAACAUGCACCACUGGCAUUGGCAUUUAGUGUAUCCGGCUGGAGCGCCUCCAGAAAUUGCCCGAAAGGAUCGACGUGGAGAGCUGUUCUACUACAUGCACAGUCAAAUCAUUGCCCGAUACAAUGCGGAUAGAUUUUGCAACCGACUGGCACGGGCUAAGCCGUUGACGAAUUUGCGUGAACCGAUCACGGAAGCAUAUUUCCCAAAGAUGGUUCGUAGCUUGAACAAUCGUGCCUAUCCGGCUAGGCAUGACAAUCAAGUUAUGAGGGAUCUCAAUCGAGUGGACAAUGACACGAUUAUCACCGUGGAUGAACUACAGCGCUGGAGAGAUCGAAUUAUUCAAGCUAUUGAUCAAGGAUUCGUUGUAGAUUCAAGUGGUACAAACAUUCCACUAGACGAUACUCGAGGAAUCGACAUUUUGGGUGAUCUGGUAGAAGCUUCGACGUUGUCUGUCAAUAAAAGGUUGUACGGAAGUUUGCACAACUCUGGUCAUGAUUUCUUGGCGUACAUCCACGAUCCGGACUAUCGUUACUUGGAGGAUUUUGGCGUAAUGGGUGACGUUACGACGGCAAUGCGUGAUCCAGUGUUCUAUCGUUGGCAUGGAAUGAUCGAUGGAUUAUUCCGUAGAUUCCUGGAUACGUUGAAUCCAUACAAUGCCACUCAGUUAGGCUAUACUGGAAUUAAAGUCAAUGGUAUCAGUGCACGUGUCAAUCGACCAAACGCUCCGGCAAAUAUGUUGUUGACCUAUUGGCAGAAAACGCAAGUCGACUUGGCAGCAGGGCUUGAUUUUGGUCCUCAAGGAAAUGUUUUUGCGAGCUUCACUCAUCUACAGCAUGCUCCGUUCACAUAUAAGAUCAAAGUCACCAACUCAACAGGGUCUCUGAAGCGAGGAACAGCUCGUAUCUUCCUUGCGCCCAAGGUAGAUGAACGUGGCACCAACAUGCAGUUCCGCGAGCAACGACAGUUAUUUAUUGAAUUGGAUAAAUUUGGUGUAAAUUUGAAACCAGGAGAAAACACUCUCAUACGAAAGUCGGACCAAUCUAGUGUGACAGUACCGUAUGAGAGGUCUUUUCGCCGAAUUGGAACAGCGGAAACGCCAAUGGAUCAAAGACAACUGGCAGAGUUUCGAUUCUGUGGAUGUGGCUGGCCACAUCAUAUGCUGUUGCCAAAAGGAGCUCCCGAAGGAGUACAGUUUGACCUAUACGUGAUGAUAUCGAACUUUGAUGAUGACACAGUUGGACAAGAAUUCGACGAGACUGCCGACUGCAACGAUGCCCACUCGUUCUGUGGCCUCAGGGAUAAGCUAUACCCAGACAAGCGCACUAUGGGAUUCCCAUUUAAUCGUGGCACAGCAGCCGCCGUUCAGACCUUAACUGAUUUCAUGAGACCUUACAGCAACAUGGCCUCAACGAAUAUAAAAAUUAAGUUUACAAAUACUGUAAUAAAAUCAUAAGAAACUAAUACUUA